GGGAGGGAGUUGUUGUUGUUGCUCGUCCUCCUCAUCCUUUUCCUCGUCCUCCCCCCUCUAGAUGACACGUCGUCCGCUCACCUGCAGCCGUUUAGGCUGGAGUUCGCAGGCGCGCAUUUGGCCCCCGCGUGUGCGGCUGCCUGGGGCGCCACGCGGCGGACAGACGCGGAUGUGCUCUUAGGCGGAGGGGCGCCGCGGCGCAGCGGCCGCAGCGCAGUGCCUCGGUCGAGGUCGCCCCCCGCGAUGCCUGGCGAUGCCGCCGAGGGCCCACCGCAGCGCGUGUGGCUCGUGAGGCACGGCGAAGGCACGCACAACGCCACGGGCCGCGGCGGCGUGCUGGACCCGCCGUUGACCCCGGCGGGCGAGGAGCAGGCCGCCGCUCUGCGCGGCCACCCGGAGCUGCAGCGCUGCGAGCUGCUCGUGGUGUCGCCGCUCCGCCGCGCGGUGCAGACCGCGGUCGCCGCCUUCGGCGAGCGGCCCCGCUGCCGUGCGGUGCUCUCGGCCCUUUGCUGCGAGCGCUGGGCCUCCCGCUGCGACGAGGGGCGGCCCAAGGCGCAGCUGCUGGAGUCGUUCCCGUUCCUGCGGGGCUGCCGGGGGGCGCCGUCCGCACACCUGCACGGGGUCCUGGCUGGGCCGAUCUUCGGGUGGGGCAAGCCCAGACGUGCUCACGUCAUGGAAAACUCACGGCGGUUUUGUUGUUGGCGGUUCUUUGCUUCCCCGGGGGCCUCGCUGGGCCCCAGGACAGUCACAACACGACUCGGGACCAACAGCCGGCCCUGGGGAAGGGGUCGUGAUGUGUGGGGACCACGUGCUGGAAACAUCU